GAGAGAAUCAAAAGAGUUUUGAUGGUAGGAGGAAGUAAGGUGUAGUGCUUCCGCUUCGCGGAGGAAAGCAAUAUAAAAAUCCCAAGGAAAGAGCCGGACCUUCUUUCGCCUCCUUACCGUCAAAAUGACAAGGAAGAGAAGAAACAACGGUCGUGCCAAGAAGGGCCGAGGACAUGUCCAGCCUAUACGCUGUACCAACUGUGCCCGUUGUGUCCCCAAGGACAAAGCUAUUAAGAAGUUUGUCAUCCGAAAUAUUGUAGAAGCAGCUGCGGUCCGAGAUAUCUCUGAAGCAAGUGUCUUUGAUUCCUAUGUGCUACCCAAACUCUAUGUGAAGCUUCACUAUUGUGUUAGCUGUGCUAUCCACAGCAAGGUGGUGAGGAACCGAUCCCGUGAGGCCCGGAAGGACCGCACUCCUCCUCCCCGGUUCAGGCCAGCAGGUGCUGCACCGAGACCACCCCCUAAGCCUAUGUAAGGAGAUACUUUAAAAGAUGUCAAUUCCAAAUGCUGAAUCAAUAAAUCCAUUUACAAGUGA